CUGGCUUUGAGUGGGUUGGGCAUCCAUCUUGGAUUUCCUCACGCGCGUAAGAUUUAACAGUUGCAGCAAUGGACAGUGGCAGUAACUCUCCAGAAAAGGACAUUGAAGAUAUGAAGCUCCUUGUGGAGUCCCUGGAAUACCAGAAGGACGAUUCGUCUCAACAGCAACAGGCUCUGAGAGCACUGGCUGUAAUUCUGUCGCAGAAUAAAAGAGCUCAAGACUAUUUUUGUUCAUCAAAUGGGAUGAAAUACGUUCUCAGUCUGUGUAAAACUUUGAUGAGUCCCAGUGAAGUGCAGUCAGCUCUUUAUACAUUGGCCAUGGCUGCAGAAGGAAAUGAUUUUUGCCAAAGAGUUUUGACAAGUAAGAGUGUUUUUGACAUGUUGAGGUGUAAUUUACAAGCAAAAAACUUGAAGGGUAGAAUGACCUCAGCAUUUCUAGUGGUGACAAUUUGUACUAAUAACUGGAGAGGACAAAAUCUUGCACGGGAAACAAAAUGUUUACAUAGUCUUUGUGAUCUGUACAAAAGCUGUCUUCCAAUACAUCAGUUUUCAACCUCUGCUGGUAAUGAAAGUGGUCAAAGGUGGUUUGAUAACCUUGACAAAAACUCCCUUCAGCUAUGGACUGCAGUGGUUGUUGCGUUAUAUUCUCUUCUACAAAACCCACAAAAUGCUCAAAAUCAAAAUCUGUGCUGUCGGCUGCUUCCAGCAAUAGUGAACAAACUGCUCUUAGUAACUGAGCAGCAUGAAAUUCUUCAGCCAACUGUAAACCUUCUUGCUGCAAUUGUUUCAGAGAAUGCUGAAUGUCAAUCUAAGGUGCGACUGCUUGGAGGCUUGCGUGCUCUGGUCAUUCUACUAAAGCAGGUUGUGGACCUAAAAGAACAUGCUGAACGAGAUAUAUUGUUUAUGGGGCGCAUUAUCAACACCUUAGGAUCUGUCAUAGCAGGACACGUGAUCUGUCAAGAUAGUGCAGCAGACCUUGGUCUUGUGACUCUGCUGUUGAAAUGUUUAGCUCUGAUAACGCCAGCUACUCAGGUUGAUGGUGCGGCUGCCAAGCAGUUCAAAACUAAGUGCAUAUUAGCACUGUCCAUUUGCAUCGAUCAGAGUGAGCGAAACCAACAGCAAUUGAGAGACAGUGGAGGAGUAGCGGCUUUGAUUGAGCUUCUGACAGAAGAACAGUCGGAAGAGUUUAGAAGGGUGGCCAUUUUCAUUCUUCAUGCUAUCACUGGAAAAUCGACAGCAGAAGAAAAGUCACCUCAACCGGUAGGAGAGCAGUGCUGUCAUAAGAGUACAUGUCCUACGGAAAACCACUUAAUCCAGUUUGUAGUUGGCCCCACAAAGGAUGCUCAAACGCAAACCUGUUACUCUGCUACAGCUGCACAAAGCGAUACCGACAUUGGAGGUGAUAGACCUUCUGAUGAAAUGUCACAAGGAAGUUUUCGAAGUCAUAUAACAAGUGCGUCUGGAAAGAGACGUUCUGUGACAUCCACCAAGGUGUUGAAACCUUUUACCAGGUCAAAAACUACUCAGUGGAAAAUGAAACACCCAGAGAAGACGAUAAAAAGUAAACCAGACUCGAAUUUUUUUACUCCAAGAACAUCCAGGUCGGGAGAAGAUUUGGAAAAGUGUGAGGCUUGUGAAACUGUUCUGAACAGCAGGAACUUUUUGAAAACAUUAAGACGGUGUUCCAAUCCUUGCUCGUUUCACCGUGGAUUGGAUCAGUGUUUGCGACGGAUAAUCAGUGACUUACAAAAGCAAAAAUAACUAGUCACCCUUUCCACUCAUCCUUGCUCGGUUAUUCUUUUGCUUAGAACUAUUUGAGCCCUACACAUAGCUCUUUUGAUUAUCUAUUUACUUAUUCGUUGUUUUGUGCUCCGCUCAGACUCUACUGUAGAAGGCUGUAACAACCCACCUCCAGACUUUUUCCUAUUCUCUGUAUUAAAUUGAUCAAAGAUCAAAUUAAGUUUAAAGCUUGAAGAGCACAAUUAGUCUUAUCAAUGAAGGAUCUCCUCCAUCAGUUAUGGGAACGAAUUAAUGGCAGAAAAACCCAUUUACUUCUUCGAACCCGGCAAAAACUUAUUUUUGGUAGCGGUAUUGCUAAAAGGAACGGAGCUACGUCUGUUAACCCGCAUACGUUUUGGAAAGUUGAGAAAAGUACUUCUCAGUUUCUUUGCCGAUGUAAUUCACGAAGUUUUUUUUUUUUUUCGCGCGUAGUGUUUUACCUUUGAAAUGAAGUGACAGGGCAUUUCUUUA